UACACUACUUCGUACAUUUCGCGCCAUCUUCAACAAAACAGCAAAACACAGAAACGUUUGAUAAACUGAAGAUCUAUUGAAAUGUGGAAUCAGGGAGGUUACAGUCAAGAUCAAGGACAAGGAGGAUUUUCAUCCCCAGGGGGAUUUGGGACACCACAAGGUACACAGGGAGACAGGAAGAGUCGUAACAGAGCACAGAACAUACUCCCUUGCACAACUGCUGAAAUUCUCAGUGCAUCACAGAAUGAUGAUAAAUUUUACUCUGGAGACAUUGAAUUAGCUCAGAUAACCAUUGUUGGGUUAAUUAUUGCUGUGAAAGAGUCACCAACAAGAAUAGAUUAUGAGGUGGAUGAUAUGACUGGACCACCACUGGAAGUAAAACAGUUUGUUGAUAAUGAUGAAAGUGUACCUGACACAGAGAGAAUUGCGGCCUUGAGAGAGAAUACUUAUGUUAGGGUUUAUGGAACAGUACGAUCCUUUGGAGGGAAAAGGAAUGUAACUGCUUUCAAGAUGGUACCAGUCAUGGAUAUGAAUGAGGUUACUUACCACAUGCUAGAAGUCACCCACAGUCAUCUGGCACUGUCCAAACAAAUGGCUAAUGGCAUGUCCUCAGGAGCUCCCAUGAACAAAACCACAACAGGAGAUAUCUACCAGAACCAGGACAGUGGUAUGGUCAGUGGAUUGAACCAGGUCCAAAACCAGGUCCACUCCAUCAUUCAGAGCAAUGUGACAGAGGCAGGUGCCAGUAUUGAAAAUGUGUGUAAGCAGUUAAGAGGUGUGCCAGAGAGAUCUGUUAGAGAAGCGAUAGAAUUCUUGAGUAGUGAAGGUCACAUUUACUCCACGAUAGAUGAAGACCAUUACAAGGCAACAGACAGUUGAACUAGAAAAUUUCAUUAGAGGGUCAUAGAAACUGGAAACAUUUUGUCUAUAAUCCAGACAAGCUCUCUGGAUUCUUGUUCACAGGCUGUGUACCAUUAGCUCUGUAAGAAAUAUUUAGAACCAUUUUAUUGUAAAAAAAAAAAAUUGAAGGUACAUGUAUGCUGAUAUUUAGUUCAUUUACUAAAUACCUGAUAUAGUUAAAAGCAAACCAUCUCAAAACAAGAUCUCUGAAAUGUUAUGAUGAUUUGCUGGAGCUACCUUUGUUUGAAGAGAUCUUGAUGUACAUUUUUUGUUUUCUGUAUCAGAAUAAAACUAUCUAAAUACCAGA